UCAGGAGGGUUGAGUUCGGCCCCAAACGGAAUUCCAAAUGCGAGUUCCGCGCAGUCUGCUCGAAAGCGUCGCUGUGAGAGGGUUACUACAAUUGCAUUUCGAGGAAAGCGCGCGUGAACUUUUCGCGUAUUUUCAGUGAAUCCAAAUUUAUUGUGUUGGCGCGAUUUACGCAAUUUUGUUGAUGUGCUGGGAGUUGCUUCAGACUUAGUUUGGUGACCUCGUAAAGAAGAUUCUUGUUUCUUAUUCGACACGGUGUCGUCACCAUGAGAUGUUCCCAACGUCUGAUAUUAUUGCUAAUUGCAAUGUCAGUUUGCAUGGGUGCGACGUCGAACAGUUGGAAAAAAAAAGAGCGAAAGAGAGAAAAGGUGAAAUCUCAAAGAGAUGCAAAUCUUUGCACAAUGGAAGGAAACGCUGCCGCUUUGCAUUGCGUUUGUGUGGGAGGGUCGCCCCCUGUCAACACGACAAGCGCCGAAUGCUGGGUAUUUACCGGAGUCUCCAAAGAUCACAACAUUUGGUCUUUAUUUGCGACACAGCCGCAUAUUACCCAGCUAAAGUUCCUCGUCAGGCCACAAGGACAAUUCACCUUUAUUCCCACCAAAGGAUUGCGCCACUUGAACCACCUCAAAGAGCUGCAGAUAAUGUACGCCAGCAUAAACGAAAUUCACCCGUACGCCUUUGCGAAUAGUUCGUCUUUGAGGGAAUUAACGCUGUCUAGGAACCAGAUCGUGGUGCUUGAUCACCACGCAUUCGCGCAUCUUACCAACUUAACGGAGCUCUUCUUGGAGGAGAACAGGAUAGCCGAGAUACGUAGAGACGUGUUCGUCGAUUUACCACGCUUGCAGAAGCUUUACGCGGCUCACAACAAUUUGAGUGUGAUACAAGAAGGAGCAUUUAGACAUCUCGCUCAUCUCUUAGAGCUAGAGUUGGACACGAAUUAUAUAAGCGUGUUGACCAGAGACACGUUUACAGGACUCGGCGAGCUGAAAAGACUUGAUCUCAGCUAUAACAAAAUCAGCAUGCUCGGCGAUCUCACUUUUUCCGAGUUGUGGGUUCUGGAGGAACUUCAUUUGGAAUACAAUCAGAUCGAACUGGUAUCAAAUCGCGCAUUCGCUGGCUUAAAUCAUCUGCGAAAACUUAGCUUGAGCCAUAAUCGUUUGGCUGUUCUGUCAGGAGGACUUUUAGGAGGCGUUCCCACCAUAAUCUAUCUAGAUCUGCGAUCCAACUAUCUCGAGACGAUUACAUACGACAGCGUGCAGCCCAUCAUUCAUAAUCUGAAAAACGAGAGCAGCCACUUUUACAUAGCAGAUAACAAAUUCGUCUGUGACUGUCGUCUGGCCUGGUUGCACAAUUUACGUAAYGAAACGAAAAAUCCGUCGAUCCGAAACACCCUGGACGAGAUCACAUGUUAUAUGGAAUCAGCGGGUCAAAGUUUAGCCCAAGGCACUUUGCCCUCGUCGACCACCGCUCCCAGAGCAGUCGAUAACCAAUUUCCUGAAAACGCUGAAGACUACAAAUACGACUACGAGACCGUCGAAUACGACAACGACAUCUACGAUCAACAGCAGGACAGCUCCUUGAAUUACGUGACGGCAUCCGGGCCGAAGGACCCCAGGAAGCGGCACCUAUUUGAGAUUCCGCUUCAGGAAUUACCUUGCCCGCAGCAGGAGCAUCCGACCGAGGCGCCCAGGACCCUUCUGCAUACUCCAGGCUACGCAGGAAUCAACGCCAGUGGCGCCUCGAGGCUUCUGGGGGCUCUCGUCUUAGUGCUAAGCGCCAUGUUUUUGAACAUGACGUAAAAUCGGCAAGGACAGGUCAAGUGUGGCUGUGUACAGGAAUCAUUUCCGGCAGUGCGUUGUUUGUGAGGCUAAUCGAGUACAACGCGCAGAGGAACGGUUUUAGGUCAGAUUGUGCCCAUUGUUCUAAAGACUGUUAGUCCUAUUCUACACCACCAUUUUUAAACCUUCCGAUCACCGUCACGUCGCAUAUCGUAAAUGUAGCUCAAUUCCCGGUAUAUUAUAUGGAACGUAUUUUUUUAAUCAAUCCCCAAAAAUUGGUCUAUUUCAUUUGUUCCUCAAAUGUGGUACCUAACGUCCAAUUUUUGAAAUUUCUUGCAGAAUGUAAUUACAAUAACGUUCCAUUAUUAAUGUAAAUAUUAAAUGUAAUAACAUGGCUGUUUAAUAUCACGAUUUUUGAAAUAAAUAGUUUCUGGAUGUAUUCACACAGAAGUUUAUUAGUUAGUUUAGACUAACGAAACAUAUUUUGUAAAUUAUUGAGAAAAGCCUAGUCUUUAAGUGUAUUUUUAAAUAUGUCGAUUCGCACUGAUGUAACUAAUGCCAUUAAUUAAUAAGCAACUAUUUUGAAAUAAUAAAGUUAAAAUGUGUAAUUAUAAUGUAAAAGCAAAUGUUAAUUCGUUGUAAUUUGUAAUGUAGUAGUCAAUGAAAUUACAAAAUACUUCACAACUAGGACGAGAAAUAUUGCAAUUAAAAAAAUAUAUUUAUUCAAUAAAUAAUGACGAAUUUCUUCAAACAAUCAAUUUUCAAAAUUUGUAUGUGAAAAAAAAAACAAAAAAAAAACAUUAAAAUGUAGUUUUUCUGUUAAAAAUGUAUCAAUUAAAUGCUCAUUUAGAAAGUUGUAACCGGAAAGUAUUCACACUCUCUGUUUCAAUAUUAUUAUUUUUACAAAUGUAAAAUUUUGUAGAAAUGACGUCAUUAUUUAUUAGGUACUUAUUUUAAUUAAAUCCAAUUUACAUCUUGCCGAUUGAUUUUUAUACUGAUCAGAGUGAGUUUAUGUAGCAGACGGAAAAAAAAUCGGCUAGGGCUUUCAGUCAACAAAAUAUUUAGAAAUUUUGUCUGCAACAAGGCCUUUUAAUUUUGUGGCGAUCGGUGCUUGAUUUUUAUUGAAUCAAAACGUCCUAUUUCUGCACAUAAAUAUGUAUUUUGAGAUUUGUACCUAUGUGUUAAACUGUGUAUUUCGCUUAUUCUAAAAUCUGUACUCAUAAGAUGUCUACUCCCUUAUAAUUUUUGUAAAUACCUUUCAUGUGAUUUUCAUUAAAAAUAAAAUUCU